ACAAUACUGUAUGCGAGGAAAUCCCUCUUUGAGGAGAAAUUUGGAUACGCAUGGGCAGAGAGUUGUUGGAAAUACUUCCAGUGCUUUCUCCAAAGAAGUCUCCCUCGAUGGGACUGAAAAUGAUGUUCCAUCUGACACGGAUGGUCAAUUGAGUUGGGGCGACAAAAGUGACUACACAACGAAAUUCUUUUCCUUCUUGUUGUUGCUGGUGAAAAGCCCUGCGAGGACCAUUUAGUGAAGUGCAGUGCAGUUAUCCUAAUAUUUCUUCCUUUUUCUCACACACUUUCACUUCUUUUCAAACUUUCUUCCAAUCCGAAUUUUCCUCAUCUUACUUGUCAUUCUGAUGAAAUUUCCCCGAUGAUUUUCUUAUCUAUCGGUAUCUUUUAUCAGUAAAGUUUUGUGUGAUUCCUUUUGUGAGCUUCCAUCACGCAUUUUUUGUGUGUGCAAAAAAAAGUUGAAUAUCCUUAAAGAAGACGAGACGAGGGUUUAGUUUUGGGUUUUGUGUAGAGUUAUCACUUGGUGGCUGUGAUUUGAGAGCAAGGAGGUGGGCAAACGUAUCAAAAAAAAGAGAAAAGUAGAAUGGCCUUAAAUGCAAGUCCGGCACUUGGGGGUGCUCCAGCGGAUCGGAGUGGAAUCGAAAUGGUGCCUUUGAAGAAACAAAAUAGCCAAUCUUCCAUGUCAUCGAAACAGUCGAAGCGUCCGGCACAGAAAAAAUUGCAAUUUUCCACCCCAGAAUGCAGUGUCACGCCGAUUUCCGCCAUUCCCGGGAAUAGGGUCAUGCUGCCAGGGCGUAAAAGAGAGGAAGCGAUUGUGAUGGCUAAUCUGCGGAAGAGAGUGGCUGCUUGUGACCUGACCCGAAGACGUCUUCCAGGAGUUAGUGGUGUGGAUGAUAUAAAUGCCAAUGAGUCCAAUGGCGGACAAGGAGGGGUCACAGAACCCCUCCUGGACAAUCGUCCACUGCUGCCUCUUCCCAAGGUGUCUUCGAAGCACAGGGACAUGAAUGGUGGUGAGGAGUCCCCAAAGAUGACGGUAAUUCAGGACAAAGACUUCAUCCUCGAUUGUCUGUGCUGGCACAAUGAAUAUCGGGCUCGUCACGCAGCUCCAGCUCUCACAGUUUCCACCGAGUUGUGUGAAUGGGCACAGAAUUGGGCGAAUCAUCUGGCCAGCACGAAUGAAUUCUACUAUCGUUCAGAUAAGAAUUUGGGCCAGAAUCUCUUCUGCUGCCCAAUCAGUGCACUCGUAACUGAUCUCACGGGACAGGAGGUAGCCUCUUACUGGUACAGCACUGUCCGGCGCUACAAUUAUUUCAAGGAACCUCGUCUUCUGCACACCAACGUUAAUGCUGGUCAUUUCACGCAAAUGGUCUGGCGAAGCAGUCGAUACUUUGGUGUGGGCAAAGCAACUUCCAAGACAGGUAAGAUCUUCGUGGUGGCCUACUACUUUCCGCCUGGAAACCUAGUUGGUGCCUUCCAACAGAACGUUCUUCCGCCGAUUAUGGAUCAGGACAGCGUCCAAGCACAAUCCAGCGAUGCUGACAACAAUCCAAUCGUAUCGAUUCUCAAAUCGGGAAACUCCAAUUGAGUGCAUUGCAAAAAGAGACAGUGGAUCACGCGGUGGCCUCGAAGAGUUAUAUUUUUGAUAAAGUUUAGGAUCAGGCGACUCUCAAGGCUGUUAUAGGAGAAGUGUGGACAAGGGUGAGUGAGUAGAUAUUGACGAAAAGUGCAAAAUUAACAUAUUUGUUAUUAAAAAAAAUGACAAAAAAUUUUAGUGUGAAAAAAGUGUUAGUAGUGAAAAACUAGUGACAGGGAAUUGAAAGUGUAAAAUAAAUUAGUCUCCAUUGAUUAAGCUGAAAAUUAAAAAGAAGAUAGAGAGCGGAAAUGGAAUUUUAUUACCCAUCAAUCCAAUCUGCACAAAUUAAUUGACUUUGAUGUCGUGUAAAAUUAGAUGAGAAAACGUUUUGUAGGCGGAGGAUUUUGUAGGAUGAUGAGACGAGAAAUAAAAUGAGACUAAAUAAACAUUAUAUACAUUCCAAGUGUAUUUUGUACACGGAAAUUAGAAAAAAAAUUACAUAAAAUUUUUCAAUGGAUUUCUGAGAAGAAAUAAUUACAAUUUGGUAUUUUUUUCUCGAUUUGAAAAAAAAAGACUUUAAACUGGUUUCUUUUUUUGUCAAAAAUUUUAAAAUCAGAGAUUAGGAAAUAAAACAUAGGAAAAAGAGUAAAUGAAAACAAAAAUCUUGCAAGCUAAACUCAAUGGAGGGCUUCAAAAUGCUAUUUAGAAGUAUUAUCAAAAAAAAAUUAUUAAAAUAUAUCAAAAAUAACUAUAUAAAUUCCCUUAUAAACGUAUAAAUGCAAAUUUUGAGUCUGUUUAGGAGUUAAAAUAUAAACUGAAUAAUACGAUUUAAAUCCGAAAACAUGGUAUUAUACUUUGAAGAAAAAAAAGGUAUAAAAAGGAGGAUUAAUAAAUCGUAUACUUCCGCCUUGUCGUCCAUUUUAUGGUAGAUGCACAAAAUAGCAUUUAAAGCAUUUAAAGAGUAUACUUUAGGGUACUCCUAAGAGAGUAUUUUAGUUAGCGUUAAACCAAAAAUAUAAUAAUGCGAUAGAUAUUGUUUACGAUUAAUUAAAUUGAUUAACGCAGAAUCAGUUCUUCCAUGUUGAGAAUCAAAGAGUCUGCAACAGAAUAAAGAAGAGAAUAGAAAAAAAAUGAAGCUGCUUUCAAUGUCUGACAUUUCCGCAAAAAUACCAAACACUCAAAUAUUUAAAAAAGAAAGUCCCUGUGAUGCUUUCGAAAACCCUUUGCAAAAAAAAAAUGCAAUGCCCUCAAAACCUGCCUUAAAAAUUUUAUGUGGCAAUCUUAACUUAAUUCUAGAAUCUCUAUAAAAGCUAAAAAAAAAAAUAAAUAAAUCAGGAGAAGAAAAACAACAAUAUUGUGCAGAGAAUGGCUUACAAAGAAAACAAAAAAUAUAUAAAACUAAAAGAACAGAGAUAUUUACAUUAUAAAAAAAUUAUCAUAGUGUUACUGUAGCAACAAAAAAGUAAAAUCAAAUACAAUGGUGAAAUGUUU